AUGCUGUGUCGUGUCUGCCGGGAGUUAUCGGAGAAGUCCAAGCCAAGCAGCUCAGUUACAUCGACCCCUGAAGGCAGCAAGAAGUCCGAACCCGUGAACGAAUUCAUAUCUCUUGAUGCAAUCAAGGCUCAGGUGGAUAUCCUCAAUCCAAGCAACGAGAGGCCUGUUUCAGAGGAAGAUCUCCUGGCUCUGUGCGAGACCGAGGGCAACAUGCAGAACGGCGGUGGCAGCUUCGACGUGCGAGAGGAUGGACCACGCAGAUUUAUCCGCUGGGUGCCGUCGAUGAACAAUGGCAUCGGCCCGGAUGGAUUGCCUCACCUGCAGCGGGCGGUUGGAGCCCCUGGCGAGAUUGGCAGCCCGAUCAUUGGAUCCGGCUGGGGACGAUGA